UAUAAUCAUUAGAUAAUAAGCUAAAGAAAAUGGAUAAAGGAUGGGAAGUAAGUGAAGAGCACUACUUGGAACAUUUAAUAUAGAAUCCUUUAUAUUUAAAACGGCAAGGAUCAUAAUUGAUAGAAAAACCAACUAUCAUAUAAGCAUAGGAAUCACCAAAAACAAAAAUGAGAUUUAGAACAACAUCGAUGCCAAAGUUAGAUGAUGGAAAUAAAGCAAAUUCUCCGAUAAAAAAAUAAAUAAUUGAACCUUAACAUAAAGCAGAAUAACAAUAAGUGAAAUAGCAAGGAUCUCCUUUAAUUAUAAAAACUCCUAUUAGAUAAUAGAAAUUUUAAUUAUAUCCAUAGCGAAUAUCUUUAAGAGCAACUCUUUAUCAAACUCCGGUGGAAGACAGUAGUCCAAUAAAAUUGGGAAGAACUCUUUAACCAAAGCAAUUUAAUCCAAUUUUAUAGAAUACAAAUGAUACUCAUUAUAAUGGUAUGAAAGGAUAAACAAGAUCAGUGAAGAGUGCAUCAAUGAGUAAUCUAUUGAACAAUGAUGAGAGAUUGUUAUACAAAAAAAAAAUUGAAGAUUUAGUCUUCAAAUUGAGACCAUAAAGAAAUGCUAGUAUUUUAUAUGUCAAUUCAUUAAGUUCCGUAUAAACUACUGCAGAUGAUAUUGUACUAAGAAAAAUCUAAAAAUGAAUGAAUUUUAUUUAUAUGGGAU